CCCACUAUAUGUCAACAGCGGCAUUUUAAAAUCCGACGAUAAAACCGAGAAAAAGAAGAAGACGCUCUAAGAAGACGCUCUAAGAAGUCGAUGGAUUCUUACUUUUGGGACGAUAGAUGGAGAACGAGACGUUGCAGUAUGCGUCUAAAAUCCCAAGAAGAACACAAGACUACGACGGGAGAGUGCAGGCAAGCGUCCAACUCGCUGAGAAUGCCGUUGUCACGAGUGAAUCCAAACCUCAGCUUGAACAGACUCAGAGAGAGCACUAGAAAGAAGCUGAAAACGGUGAAAAAGGGACUGACCAGGACGCAGAGUUUCCUGAACUGCGCUUCGGGUAGAUCUAAGCUGUUGCCACUCGGAGAAAACUACAGUCCUCUGCUGUCUCCAUGCGGAUCGCCAGGUCACACGCCCCAAAGGAGAGCCUCUGGUGGGAACAGGGCGACACGUGUCUACGAACCGUUCUUUAUAGAUAGUCCCUCCAAGACGCCCGUGUUGAAUGCAACUCUGGCGGCGGAUGCAAGAUCGAGACCGGCUGGUCGUCAUGGCAACACCCCAGUGCGUCGUCAGACGAGCCGCACGCCGCGUCGUAAACAAGACAUCCACACUCCCGGCCGCAGAAGCAGCAAGAGGCUCAGCAACCGGUUCGCCCAUGGGGAAGCAGUGCUUGACAUAGAGGAAGGUAUGGCAGGGCUUCAUCAACUAGCUGCCAACCUUACUCUGAUCACGCCUCCUAGAAAUGCCAGUCACAUGUUGCCUGCACCAAUACAGAAUGCUUCCGUGAAUAUAGCCAUGCCAGUCUCUGACGAGGAUGCAUACAAAAGACGGUCGACUAUCGUUCUAGGCAAGGAGGAGAGGCUGGUUUGAGUGAGUCAACGGAGACAGGGAAAAUGAUAGACAGAUGGAUGCUUUAGUGUCUAGUUGAAUUUUAAGUGACGUGUCGAGCCUACGUGGUUGUGGUUAUGUUCCAUCAGAAUUGCAUUGCUGUUUAACAUUUUACAGUUAUAACUGUAAACUGUGUUAAUUGUAUACGCAUUUGUAAAUUGCGGCAACUUAAACGUGCAUAAUAUUGGUAUAUGUGGUUCUCCAAGUGCCAUCAUAAAUAUAGCAGUGAUUUUUUAGAUUGGAGCGUAAUAACACCGAUCAAUUUUGAACGUCAUGAUAAUUUGUAUAUUACCACGCUUUUACUACAAAUAGUGGUAUAUCUGUAUACUUGUCCAUACAUUAAGUAGAUGAACCAAGUUGUGUACUUGGUAUAUUACCAGUUAUGGGUCAAUUGACUUAAACUUGCAUUUUUGCUGUGUGUAUUCACUUUACCAUGUGACUGUUUUUUAGAUCAGUAUUAUGGUUUCUGCUUGAAAUAUGCUAAACUAGCCAUUUUUGCUCCGCAAGUAUUGUGAACAAUACCAAAUUUUCUAUGCAUGCAUAUCUUUUUUAUAUAUCCUACAGCUUACUGUCAUGUUGUCUUCUUGCUUUACAUUGCUUUUUAGAUUAUUAUAUAUAUAUAUAUAUAUAUUCUUUACCCUGUUUACCAUGUUUUCUAUGUAUUAUAUACAUAUGUGUCAGAAAGUAUUCUUUUAGAAAGUAACCAUUUUACGGUACUUAGUAUUUUUAAACCAACAGUACAUAUAACUGUGUGCAUGUGUGCUCAUGUAUUAUUAAGAAAAUUUCUAUAACCCGGUUGUGACGACAACAAGAUUGGUAGUGUGUCUGCGUAGAACAUGUAAAGUCUAUGUGAACAUACUAUGAGACAUAGAGUGCAAUGUUACUCCCAACCUGGGUGUGAAGUGAAUGAAAUACACAUAAUUGGAAACAGAAAA